AUGACAGAACUUCUUAGGAUUUUUAUUGCAGGUAUCAUUAAUAUUAUUGUUGCAACUCAUUCUUAUUAAUCUAUGUCUGCCCACAGAGACUAAAUUACUUGAGACUAAGUGGGGCACUUGUUGCGGGUGCAAAAGGUUCUCUGCAGGGCCUCAAAAAUUAUUAAUUUAUAAUUUACUUAAGGACAUGGCAUCCAGUCAUGUGUUUAACUUUGCAAAUUGGACCACAAUCAGAUUAAACUACAAUCAACACAAAUAAUGUUAUCCUUCCAGAUUACCUUUCUAAGAAAAUCUUUAGUAAGCAAGAAAGUUAUUUCUCAUUACAAGUCAGGACGCUGCUUUUAUUCUGAGAUACAAUAGCAGAUUCAUGAGAUUCAUUAGCCUUUUAUGUUAUGAUAUACAUUGCCAGCUAUUUCUUCUAGAUUUUUCACCUCAGUUGAUAGCUUGAGAUUGUUUUGCCACAGCACUGGGAAACCUCCUGUGAGAAACUUUUUGAUUUCCUUCUUUCUUUCUUUCUUUCUUGAAAGAGGGUGCAGCGAGAGCAGUACAGCAAGCUAAGGUAUAAUAGUUUGAAGAUGACCAACCUCUUUGAAUUUUGUACAAGUUUGUUACAGAAGAACCUUGAUAACUUGAACUCAGAUAAUCCUGAAUUCCCUGCUAACUCGAACAAAACUUCCCUUCCCUUGAUCAAAAUUACGCUGAAAUUUACCCCAACAACUCAAAUUUCCCUCUAAGUUGAACUGUUUUUUGUUUUCUUAUAGAGUUCGAGUCCCCGAGAUAUACUGUAUUUCUUUUCAACAGAAAAAAAAAGUGAAAAAUAAGUCAACUCCCUCACCCACACAUAGUUACACAAAUUCUCUUUCUGACAUAAGUGUCCAUCAUAGAGAGCCACCUGCCUUAUGGAGAGUCAGAAAAUGCCUAUUAAAGCAAUAGCAAGAACUAUUCUAGGUGCCUGUUUUUAUCUUAGGUUCCUAAUGACAACAAAAUAUUCUGUUGCUUGGACAGCAUUUAAUCAAUUUUGGUUCACAAAAAAAAUCUCAGCCUCUUUUUUGGAAUCUUUUUCCCAUCUGGCAACAACCAUCAUGGCUAUUAAUAAAUAAAAAUGUUUGUAUCCUGGACACAACUCUUUUUAUAUAAUCUAUCUGAAUAAUGGUCAUACAAGAAAAGUGAUUAUAAUAACUUGAACUCUUGCUCUUUUUCUAGGUUGAAUCCUCACCAACUGUAGAAACUGACCAUCUGGAAAAAAUCCUACCACAACUGGUAAGUGCAUCGAAGUCAGUCUUCCUCAUUAAAUUUCAUCUUAUCUCGUAAAUGCCCUCAUCAGACAGUAAUAAAUUUUUCCCAGUAAUGUUUCAAUGUAUGCAUCCCUUGAAACUUUUGCAUGCAAAUUUAUUAUGUACUGAAAUGAAUUUUGUUGUUGUAGUAUAUGGGCUUCACCAGCCUCGUUCCCAGUCAUCCUCAGCGAUUUUGAAUGUGACAUCAGCUGUCAAGCUUCAUGUUGGUGAGCACAAGGGGGCUUGGAACCAAGCGUGCUAUCACCCUUGGUUCCAAGCCCCCUUCUGUUGACUUUGAUAGCGUGAACAGGCCUGGGAAUGAGGCUGGGUCUUCACUUCGGUCAUGACACUGUAUAUGAGAACUAUUUAAGCAAUAGAAAACAUUUCUUUGUCUCGGGUAUGCAUAACUGCCGAGUAUUCUCCCAACCCCUCAAGUGUUUAUAUCAGGCUAUGUAUACAUGCCAAGAAAUAGAUAAUUUUUAAAUCAUUCUACUGACAAAAUCUAAUAGCAGCAAGAAAAUAAUUUGGAAUUAUGACUUGAAUAAAUCCAUGGGCAGAUACGUUUCCAUUAACAAUGGCUAGUCUUUGGGUUUAACCUUGUUUUAAAAGCACUAAGUGUGGUUUAAAGUUAGUGUAAUUUAAUGUUGUUUUCUUAUGUUUUUGUGAACUUUUUUUUCAGCUUCUUGACUUCUGAAAUUUUGAAGUCAAGACUGCAAAAAACCACCAGAAGAGGCAAAAGGAAAGGAAAAUGCUAAUCAUUGAAGGCAAGAAGGAAGGAAAUUGUCAAAAUCAUUGAAGGUGACAUCUCACUGUCAACAAUGACUUAGUCUCAUGUUAUUUGUAAAUUACAAAACAACUUCCCUUAGGGAUAUAUCUGAAGGUCAUUCUCUAUGUAAAUUAAAGUACAGUUGACUCCCGAUUAAUUUGAUUUCGAGUUAUCGGGAGUCAACUGUAGUUGCUAAGCAGAGGUAAACUUCUUGUGUAUUGUCUAAUACUGAGUGUAAGCUAAUAUAUAUAUGUUGUAGUUAAUUUUUUAUCUCAUGUAAUUUUUGUUUUUGUUUUGUUUUUUGGGUAUGGUAAUGUAUGCUAAUGAAGUUGAAACAAAGGAAAAAUAAAAAUUACCCGAGAUAAAAAAUUAACUACAACAUAUAUACAUACUUUAAAUGUUUGAGUUAGUGCCCCACCUUCUACCAAGGAAAAUCACUGGAUUUACAGUCAUACCCAGUCAUUCUGAAAAGUCUUGUUGCAGAAAGUAGUAUAAAAUAAUGUGAUCAACGAUGGCCGAAGAAGUAAAAUUCGUAAAUGACUCCAAGCCAAUAGGGUGAUCAAAGGGGGUUAAAGAAUGCUGAUUUAUUCAAUAAAUCUUAGUCCUUGAAAAGUGUAAUUUUUGCUUGAAAAAUCCUUGAAAAGUCCUUGCAUGAAAUGUAUUUAUCUGAAGUUGUACGGUUACUACGAACCAUGUAAUAAACCUCAUGCCUAAAGUUGAAAAUCAAUAGCGUUGAUCGAUAUGUAAGCUUUCUUUUAGACGGACUGCAAAACAGCCAGGCUCCGAGAUAGUCGGGCCCGCUAAAAUUGAGAAAGCGCGAAGACGAAAACAAAACGGAAGGAAACUUCCCUUCUGCCUUCCUUUUCCUCUUUUUCGCCCUGCCAACUUUUCGAGUGCCUUUUACUUUCGCGUCUUCCUCACUAUUUGAGGGCCUGGAACAGGCUAGGUUACAGAAAGAUGAGGCGAAGCUGCCGUGGAAAGCGUCUCAUCCCCAUUCUCCGUACAGCUUGGCAGCUCCUCUGACAAAUCUUUGGUCGCGCUAACGAUCCCGCCGGCUUCUCAGGCUAGAGAGAUGAUAUUAUUAGCAUUACUGAAAAUCAGGACCGCCAUUUCGCCUACGUGGACCCGAAGUGCAGAAAAGGUGUACUGCUCAAAACAGGCGUUAAUGAACGCGGGUUUUGGGAGCCGCCAAACCUGCCUGAUCGUCCCCUGUUUGUACAGGCUACUGACAUUUUCAGUAAAAAGGGUGUUGCCUGCGUGGAUGGAGAGAUUCAGAGUACUGCACUUGAAAUCUGGAGGUCCCAUGCAAUAUUUCAAGCCCCCCCCCCCCCUUGAGCACUGGCUCAUGCACCGCCGUAACGUCUGCAAAUUUUAUAUUCUUAAAGUGCGGUUUCCCUUUGCCUUUUGUCUGUUUGGUUGUUGUUGUUGUUUUUUACUGUUUUCUGUGAAGCGUUAAGGUCAUCGAAAAGGGAGACUUAAGGCUUGUUGCGUUCCUUUGGAAUGAUCCGGAUAAGGAACUGAUCUGAAUUCACUCUGAUCUGUACAGUCAAACUCGGCAUAUGCACAUGAGUAAUGCCCUUGUUUCUGUAAGUUCUGAAUGUAUUAUGGAACGAUCUGACUAUUUGGCUUGGAACGAUCUGACUAUUUGGCUUGGAACGAUCAUGGAACGAAGUGACUGGAUACUAGUAAUUUCACUGAGGAGGGAGGGGGUGGGGCAUGGAAAGUGUUUGUAUUAUUGGGGUGUCCGUGUUUAAAAACGGUUCAUGUUAUGUAGGUCAAAAUACCCCUUUUUGAAACAAAAUACUAAAGAAAUAACACAGAUCAUUACCAUCGUAACAUUAAACGUCUCUAACUUUCACCAGGUGGUGUGCGCACUACGAUCGCUAAGUAUCAUGGGCGGUAUUCAAAAUCUGAUCAUUUGUGUCAAGAUGGCGUGGAGUGAAUAUCUCGACUGCGGAGUGAAUAUUCGUUAAUUACGCUGUAGAUAUGUACGAUUUUACUUUGAAUCUCUUCCGGAAUCUCUUGAAAAAGAAAGUGUGUCCUAUUCUCAGGGAAAAAACAGUCUCAUUCCUUUGAUAAGUGUAUUCUGGUGUAUUUUGUUCGUAAUGUAUCGGUCAAAUCGAAGCUUCAACAUGCGCCCCCCCCCCCCCCCNGGUGGGGAAUUUGAUCCCCAUACUUUAGGGGUGGGGAAUUUGAACUGAACCCUCGAUUUCAUGUAAAAUCUUUGGCGUGGCGAGCUAUCAUGGGGGACGCGGUGUUAGACGAUUUUCGUGGAAAAGAUCGUGCCUUUGUGGCCAAUUGGUUACGAGGAAAGGGCUUAAACAAGCUUUGUGCUGUAUUUGAAGUAUUUAAAUUUUAAAAUUUUUAAUACUGGAUUCAGGCUUUGAAUGUAUGAAUGUAUUUUAUUGUUGUGUUUUAUACAAUGAAAGACAAUACCUAUACCGGCGAUUCAAUACAACAACAUAAAAUAAAAUAAAAUAAAAUAAAAAGCUCAGGUCAACUACUUUGACCUACUGCAAGUAUGUUAGUUAAUAAGGUGAGCGAUGAUGCAUAUCAGUGAAAUAGUCAUGAUGUAAUCUCAAUAGAUGGGGUCUUUUUUUAUAGAACGCUUUGAGCAUUCAGUGACCUUGUAGCAGCGAUUUCCGCCGCUUUGCACCAGACUUUUGUUCGUAGUAAAUACGCUAACAGUGUUUCUCAGUUUUUGUUAUAUUUAUAAAGAUUUUGUUCGACAACUGAAGGCGUUUCCGCCGUCCCUCUGCCAGUUUUGUGCCUGUGAAACGUCCCCGGGGUGGGGGCAUUGAUCACCUGAAUGGACCAUAGUGUGGGGCAUUUGAACGGCAUUUUGGCCCGGGUAGGGGAGAAUUUGAACAAUAAUUUUCAAAAAAGUCAAAUGCACGGGGGGUUGCCCGGGGGGGGGGGGCAUGUUGAAGCUUCGAUUUGACCGAUACAUAAUCACUUGCAUCCUGUUUGAAGAGUCGGCACAGAAACGCUUUGUUCAAUGAUUCAAUCAUGAAAAGCACUGGAGAAAGGACCCGCGGUUCGCCGAAAAUUUUGAAUUCACCGUGAAAUCAGUGCAACUAGUGCUAAGAGGUACUGAUAUGCAUAGCUGUGAUAUACUCAUAAAAUGCUAGGAGCUUCUUCAGAAUACCCGGUCACGGUAUUUAAAGCCGUGAAGGACUGUGUCCACGGAAACACUCAAAAGUCGCUCAUUUAUAUGGCAUUACUUAAUCAAAAACCGUUCUCUUCAUAACUCGUUUGCAGAGAUGCCAACCUCUGGAGAUUUAAAAUCUGGAGACUCUCUGUUUUCUAUUAGCCCACUACCCCCGGAAAUUUAGGACAUUAUAUCAAGUCUUACAUGAGGUGGAUACCAUCAAAAUUCGCGAUCAUCGUUUUGAUGCCAGAAAUAAUCUUUGUCAGUGACUAAAUAGGUGUAAAAUGCCUUAGAAACAGUAUUACGAACAAGAAAAAUUCAAGUUUUGAACUAAAAAUGGGCUAAAUUUCAAACUAAGGCACAGAAAAGCUCAAAAGAUGAUUUUAUCAGGGAGAUAAAGCGACCCGUACGGGAGACUGGGAGAUUGGUGUCGUAUCCGGGAGACUCCCGGAUAAUCCGGGAGGGUUGGCAUGUAUGCGUUUGAUGCAAACAUAGUCUGAAAUUGACGUUAACAAUUUAUCUGUAGCGCUGGGAAAUUUACUUGUUGUCACCUGUCCGCGUUCUAUUAGCGAGGUUGACUUCAGUGAAUCUGUUGAUUGGACAAGAACAGUGACAAGAAACAAGUUUCCUUUGUCCGAAUUGUGGUCGUUUCACCCUGACGGAAGUCGAUGACAAAUGUUCACCCAAUGACAAAUGUUCAACACUCUUCAGACUACAACACGGCUUAUCAGAAAUGUCUUUGACUUAA